GACAGCUAAUUGGAAACUCGAUCACCGGCAUUUGCAGCAGUUUUCGGUGGGCCCCCAAAGUGAGCGGUUGAAUUUGUGAAGUGUUCGAAAACCAAUUUUAAAAAUUAGUAAACAAUUUUCUUUGAAGACUUUUUAUUUAGUAAAUAUUUUGUUUUUAACAACAAAAUAAGCAUAUAAAGUCUUUAAGAACUUUGAAAAUUACUUUGUAUUUUAACUGUAAAAUAAUAAAACUAAUUUACAAUUGACACAGACAUUACCAUUGUGCUAAAUAAAGUUAUUGAACGAUUGACGUUAGGCCGUUAAAAAGCGCUAAGUGAGAAAACAAAAAAACAAACAGCAGACAGCUGUUCGUGUGCAACUGAAAACAAUAACAAUAACAACGAUGGAACCAGUCAUAAAUCAAGCUUUCGUUAAUGCAGGUCAGAAGCCUGGCGUGGAAAUCUGGCGAAUUGAAAAUUUCGAACCUGUCGCAUAUCCCAGUAAAUACUAUGGAAAGUUCUACGAAGGGGAUUCGUAUAUUAUUUUAAAGACCACCGAAGACCCCCAGAGCCAAAAACUUUCGUGGGACAUUCACUUCUGGUUAGGCGCUGAGACGACCACCGACGAGGCUGGUGCAGCGGCCAUAUGUACCGUACAACUGGACGACCAACUAGAUGGCGCACCGGUGCAACAUCGCGAAGUUCAAGAUCAUGAAUCACAAUUGUUUCUUAGCUACUUUAAAAAUGGUGUACGUUACGAGAAGGGCGGCGUUGCUACCGGUUUCGAGCAUGUCGAUGUGAAUGCUGCUGGGGAAAAGCGCCUCUUCCAGGUGAAGGGCAAACGCAAUGUGCGGGUACGUCAAGUAGAGCUGUCCAUAAGUUCGAUGAAUCGCGGCGAUUGUUUCAUUUUGGAUGCGGGCGAAGAGAUACUCAUUUAUGUGGGUGAGCAGGCGAAACGUUUGGAGCGUCUGAAAGCUAUUUACGCGGCAAAUGAAAUACGUGAUCAGGACCAUCAUGGACGUGCGAAGGUGAACAUUGUUGACAACUUCUCAUCUGAUUUCGCCAAGGAGCAUUUCUUCGCUACACUGGGUUCAGGAUCCGCUGAGGAGGUACCCGAUGAGACUACUGACGAGGAGGAUGGAGCCUUCGAGAAGGCCGACAUCGAGGCAGUCAAGCUGUACAAAGUCAGCGAUGCAAGUGGCUCACUGGAAAUUGAGCAAGUGGCCGAAAAGCCGCUGGUGCAAGAAAUGCUUAGCACAGAUGAUAGUUUCAUACUCGAUACUGGUUGUGGCAUUUAUGUGUGGGUUGGACGUGGCUCAACACAGAAGGAGAAAAUCAGCGCAAUGAAAGUUGCGGAACAUUUUUUAGAAAGCAACUCAUACCCGACGUGGACGCAGGUACAUCGGGUUGUUGAGGACGGCGAACCGGCGGCUUUCAAACAAUACUUCGCCGCUUGGCAUGAUCAGGGCUUGCAUCACAAACGAUUGUUGCGUACCGCUUUGGGCUACAGCACCGACGAUUCGGAUUACGAAGAGCCAGCAGAUGUUGUAUCUGCUGUAAGGAAUCUGAAGAAGAGCGGUGGACGUGCUAUGGCUUUCAUGCCCGACAAUGGCGAGCAAGAUAUUGAGCACAUUAUCAAGUUCAGCUCGGAAUCGGAUGAUGAUGUGGUGCGCAGUAUAGUCGAUUUCGAGGGUACCACACCUCUGAUCGGUCAUUUUGCUUAUAUUAUCACCUACAAGUACAGUGCGAAGAGCGGUGAGUCGGGGAAACUCAUUUACGUGUGGGAAGGUGCAAAGGCUAGUGAGGCGGUCAAAGAGCGUUCAUUCAAUGACGCGCUAGCGAUGGCACAGGAAGAGAAUGCAAUUUUAGUGCGCACAGCACAAAACUAUGAACCACGUCACUUUUUGAAGAUUUUCAAGGGCAAACUCAUUACACCCUACACUGAGGAGCCGAAAGGACCACAACUGUUCCGUGUGCGUGGCACAGAUCCAACUGAUGUGCAUGCCAGCGAGGUAGAGUGUGUCGCCUCGUCGUUGGACUCGGAUGAUGUCUUUGCAUUGAUCACGUUGGAUCAUCGUGUUUUCAUAUGGGUUGGAAGUGGUGCCUCUGACUUUGAGAAAGAAUCAGCAAAUGAACGCUUUGCAAACUAUUGGCCGUACGGUAAGACAGAGGUGAUACACGAAGGUUCCGGGGCAACGGAAUUCUGGGAAGAGCUGUUGGGUGAGAGUGCGUAUGAAAAUCGUGUGCAUAAACCGCGUGCGCCACUACUAGAGCCACGUCUAUUCCACUGCCAGUUGGUUGCUUGGCGCACGAAGGUAGAGGAGGUGCGCGACUUCGAGCAAUCGGAUCUGGAUAUUGAUGACAUAAUGCUGCUAGAUGCGGGCGAUGAAAUUUACAUGUGGGUCGGCUCAGGCGCUUCGGCGGAGGAAAAUGCCAAAAUCCUACAUAUGGCAAAGAAAUACAUCAAACAGGAACCUACCGACCGUACAGUCGAUACUGUCAGCGUUAUUCGUAUUACGCAGGACAAUGAGCCGCGUGUAUUCACACGCAUGUUCCCUACCUGGGACAAAGAUUACUGGAAGUCGAUAGCGUCAUAUGACGAUGUCAAGGAGCAGCUGAAGAAACAUAAUGCAACACUUUAAGUGCAAUUUAUUGGAAGUAAUUGAUCUUGAAAUAUUUAUGUGUAUAUAUAUUUCGUAUUCUUAGAGAUAAAAUAACUGCUUCCUCUAAUUAAUUUAAGUAAAACUAAACUGUGUGUGCAUUUCUACUAUUUAUGUAUUCUGUGUAAUUUAACAAUUUCUAGGCAAAAACAAAAAAAAUAUUUAUUAAUAAAUUUCGUGGAAAAAAGUCA